GAAAUACUGAUUGGGUGCUCUCAUUACUGCUCAUUCUUCGUUGGCCACCAUUAUUGCAUAGUGUGUAAAAUUAAAGAAUAAAUAAAAUGUCUCUCCUUUCUGCACGUCUUGCAGCGUCUAUGGCACGCAAUUUGCCAAGAUCUGCCGCCCAGAUCGCUCGCAUUGGCGCCCCAGCUGCACAAAUUGCCGCCAGAAAGUUCCAUGGCUCAGUUCCGGCUCGUGGUGCCGAGAUUUCCUCCAUCUUGGAGGAGCGUAUCAUGGGUGCUGCUCCACAGGCCAACUUGGAAGAGACUGGACGUGUACUUAGCAUUGGUGACGGUAUCGCCCGUGUCUAUGGCUUGAAGAACAUCCAAGCCGACGAGAUGGUGGAAUUCUCCUCCGGUCUUAAGGGUAUGGCCUUGAAUUUGGAACCCGAUAACGUUGGUGUUGUCGUCUUCGGUAACGAUAAAUUGAUCAAGGAAGGUGAUAUCGUCAAGCGUACCGGUGCUAUCGUCGAUGUGCCAGUCGGUGACGAAAUCUUGGGUCGUGUCGUCGAUGCCUUGGGUAACCCCAUUGACGGAAAAGGCCCACUCGGAACCAAGGAACGUUUCCGUGUCGGUAUCAAGGCCCCCGGUAUCAUUCCCCGUGUCUCUGUACGCGAACCUAUGCAGACCGGUAUCAAAGCCGUCGAUUCUCUCGUACCAAUUGGUCGUGGACAACGUGAAUUGAUCAUUGGUGAUCGUCAAACUGGCAAGACUGCCUUGGCUAUCGACACCAUCAUCAACCAACAACGUUUCAACUCCGGCUCCGACGAAUCGAAGAAGUUGUACUGCAUCUACGUCGCUAUCGGUCAAAAGAGAUCAACUGUCGCCCAAAUCUUGAAGCGUUUGACUGACUCUGGCGCCAUCAACUACACCAUCAUCGUCUCCGCCACUGCUUCUGAUGCUGCCCCCUUGCAAUACUUGGCCCCAUACGCUGGCUGCGCCAUGGGUGAAUAUUUCCGUGACAACGGCAAACACGCCUUGAUCAUCUACGACGAUUUGUCGAAACAAGCUGUCGCCUACCGUCAAAUGUCCUUGUUGUUGCGUCGUCCCCCAGGUCGUGAAGCCUACCCCGGUGACGUCUUCUACUUGCAUUCACGUCUCUUGGAACGUGCCGCCAAGAUGUCGCCCGCCUUGGGUGGUGGCUCCUUGACUGCCUUGCCCGUCAUCGAGACGCAAGCCGGCGAUGUGUCCGCUUACAUUCCAACCAAUGUAAUUUCCAUCACGGACGGUCAAAUCUUCUUGGAAACCGAGUUGUUCUACAAGGGUAUCCGACCUGCCAUUAAUGUCGGUUUGUCUGUAUCCCGUGUCGGAUCCGCUGCCCAAACCAAGGCCAUGAAACAAGUUGCCGGCUCCAUGAAGUUGGAAUUGGCCCAAUAUCGUGAGGUUGCUGCUUUCGCCCAAUUCGGCUCUGACUUGGAUGCCUCCACGCAACAAUUGUUGAACCGUGGCGUUCGUCUUACCGAGUUGUUGAAACAAGGACAAUACGUGCCCAUGGCUAUUGAGGAGCAAGUUUGCGUCAUCUACUGCGGUGUCCGUGGCUACUUGGACAAAAUGGACCCCUCGAAGAUCACAAAGUUCGAAAAGGAAUUCUUGCAACACAUCAAGACAAACGAGAAGGCCCUCUUGCAAUCCGUUGCCUCCGAAGGAAAGAUCUCCGAAGCCAACGAUGCCAAGUUGAAACAAGUCGUGACGAGCUUCUUGUCCACCUUCCAAUAAGUUUGGAGGCUGGUCCCACUCGUAUUUAAGUAAUAUUGAUUAUUAAAUUCUGUUACAAAUUUUUUUUCCAUACAAGUACACACACACGAUUGUUGGCGAAUGUUAUAAGAAGGCAUGCAGAAGAUAACGAAAACAAAAAAACACCUACGAUAAUUACAACAUUUGUAAUGUUUCCUUUUUAUUUUAAUUCAUUAAUUUUACUCUGGCAUAAAUGAAAA